AUGAAGCUGCACUUCCUCCUCUCUCUACUUACUUUAGCCCCGCGGCUGUCUUUACAAUUACUGUCGGCUGAUGGAUCUGUUCCAGAGAACCAGGCCGUCUCCUCGGCUGUAUUCCCCGACAAGCCUCUUGAUAUCUUAGCGCGCCAGCAGCAACAGGCGGCGCCAGGCAAGAAGAAAGACUCGUGCAAGGCCUGCCCGAGGCGAAAAUGCAGCAGUACCGCAUACUUCCGCAACGCCGCCACUUGCAGAUGUGAGAAGUGCCCAAACGGUCAGAAGGCCAAACAGAGGGGUGACGGGUGCGAGAAAGCACAAGACGAUAAGAAAAAGAACAAAAGUGACAAAAUCAAGGACACAAUCGAACGCAAGAAGAAGGAAUAUCAACAGAAGAAGAGACAGAAAACCAAAAAGGAGAUGGUCGACAAGGUCAAGGACAAGAAAAGGACCGAGUACAAGCGCAACAAAAAGCGGACCCGCAUGGGCAAGUGCCUGCUACUCGUCCCGCUGUCAAUCUUUGGCGAGUUCGACGGCAUCGUUCCCCUCUCUUCGUACGCGGAGGACUUCUUCUCUGAAGACUUCGUGACGGGGGACGCGAUUGAUGAGUUCUGGCCGGGCGACUUUGGGGACGCCCCUGACGUGGAUAUCGACUCGGACGAAUACACAACGUCUUAUGUAGAGAUCGCGGCCGCGAUUGAGGACGAUAAAGACACUAGAUGGAAGGAUCCGAUUGUGCCCAUCGGCUUGAAGCGUGAGGAGCCACCGAGAAGCCCCGCACCUCACGAUAUGAUGGAAGAUUCCAGACGUACGGAGCCCUCAGAUGAGAAUGCUGCAGAUAUCCGAGCCACCUAUCACCAGCUAAAGAAGCGUAACCCCGUCGCGGCCGUUCUGAGGGCCAUUUUGGCCUUCGUCGGGCGUUUUGCAUCUGCUACCAGGACCGUGGUCGGGAGGUUCGCGACCAUCGGUCAGCGAACGAGUGCUCGUCUCAAGGAUUUGGCCGCAAGAGGCGGUGCUCGUCUUGCUAAAAGUGGCGGCAAGAAGACGCUCGACGAGAUGAAGAACGCGGCUCGCACGAUCUCCAAGAACAAGAACUGGAAGAAUUGCCUGAAUGGAGUCAAACCGUCGAGAACUGCGGCAUGA